GCAAUUGUUCGUGUAUUAAACGCGUGUUCAAUGUAUUCGCAAUAGAUGUGAUUACAAAGUUAUAAACUUGAUCGUGCUGUCUACUCCGAGUUAAAACGGGGAAUACCAAUUACAAUACAUAUGAAUGUAUUUUAAUUAAUCAAUAAUCAUUAUUCACCGAUUUUUCAAUCAUUCACGAUUUAAUUUUUAAACUCGGAUAGUAAAUUUUUUUUUGAAGUGCAACAAGUUACACAUAAUGGAAGAAGAGACAGUAAUUUGUAAUAAUUGUAAACGUGAAGUCCCGGCUUCGAAUAUGGUAAUUCAUAUGGUAAGAUGUGUUAGAAGUAUUACCUGCAAAAUAUGCAAUGAAGUACUUCAAGCAGAUAAGCUAGAGGAACAUAUGGCCAAACAUACAAAGCUAGAAAAAUGCAAAUAUUGCCAAAAAGAAUUUAUGGAAAAAGAUUUGGAAGAUCACAUAAAAAUGUGUGAUGAACGUAUGGUUAGCUGUGAAUAUUGUGAGCUAGAGCUGCGUAAAUUGGACAUGGAUGAACACUUGGCAUACUGUGGGACUCGUACUGAAAGAUGUGAUGGAUGUAAGCAAUUAAUUAUGUUCAAAGAUAAAAAAUUACACUUAGAAUCCAAUCAUACUUUUAUAAAAAUUAACGAUGCUCCAGAACAAGAACAAUGUCCAGAUUGUAAAAAUCUAAUUGCGAAAGAUAAUUUUGAAAAUCAUUUAUUAACCUGUGAUCAACAAGUAGUUAAAUGUGAAUAUUGUGAUAAAGAUAUUCGAAGGUCAUUUUUGGAAACACAUAAAAAUUAUUGUGGUACUCGAACUCGAGAAUGUCCUGAAUGUGGAGAGUUCGUUAUGUUAAAAUAUCGAAAUUUACAUUUAGAAUCGAAUCACACAUUUCUGAAAUUGAAUGAUGAGCCAGGACCUCUUCCAUUAUCAAGUCAAACCCGAUCAACCCCAUCAUAUAGAAGAGACACAGAACCUAUGUUUACUCCAUUGACAAGACAACCAAGAUCGACUACCCAAAGAAUAGAUCCGGAGCCCAUACCAUUUUGGGCACAAUCAAAACCUGUUUCUCCUCGUAAAAAAGAUUCAGUAGAUUUUGAUAAUUUCGAUGAUAUUGUACCUAAAGAAGUAACACGUGACAUUGAUGCAAUAACAAAUCUAUUUAAUCCAAGUUUUCCACAAUAUGGUAGAAAUAAAAGAAGUUCUGGCAUUGAACCAUUUUUUACAAAAAAUUUAAAUGAUAGUGAUAACAGCUUUACUACAGAUUCGUCGCCAUCGCCAACUAAAGUUUCUAAUCGAAACGAUCAUGGAGCUAUACGAAGAGCUGUCUUACCACAUAGAGUAAAACGAAAAGCUCCACUACCUCCAAAUAUGGUCACAACAUCAUCCACUAAUACUCCUCCAGGCCAUCUUACUCCGUCUGCUCCGAAAGUGAAUGAGGAAAUCUUACUACCUUGUGAAAUGUGCGAAAAACUAUUUGUGCCCUCAUUGUUAAUGAAUCAUCAGAAAAAUUGUCCUCAAAGAUUUAGCAUCUCACCACGCAAGUACGAUGGUGGUGAUUUUAAUUUAAGAGAAUUACAAAAUAUUACACCAAUUAGAGAACCGGAAAAUCAUGAUGUUACUCAACUACCAUGCGAAUUCUGUAAUAAAUUGUUCCCUGAAUCACGCUUAUUGCAACAUCAACAAACUUGUCUUGGCUUUUAAAUUUUUCUUUUAUUUCUAAAUUUAAACACUAUUUAGUCCAAGAGCUAUCAGGUCUAAAGCCUACUAUACAAUAAGCGUAAACUAAGUCUUCCUUAACAGACGGUGUAAAUUUAAGUCAAGAUCGAGAUAAAUAAUCGAGUGGAUUUGACAUAAUCGGGUUGUUACUGUCGUGUUAAUUCGGAUUCAGAAAAAUAAUUUGUAUUACAAUUAGUUUUUUUUCUAUAUUGUUUUCGAAAUAAAAUUUAUUCAAAUUUUAAAUGCGGAAAUUUUCUUAAUA